AUGGAGCAAUCACGAGAAGAGAAAAAGAGAUCAAGACAAUCGUGGUCAUCAAUGCCUCUGGAUGUAACCUCGAAGAUACUGUCAAAGCUGCCAGCAAAAUCAGUUGCAAGAUCUCGUUGCGUUUCGAAGCAAUGGUCAUCGAUCAGCACAGAUCCAUAUUUCAUCAGCAACAUGUUCCCAAAGCAGUCUUCGUCGAGUCUUCUACUCUUCUUCAAAAGCAAAGGGAAGCUCUUUGUAUUCACCAUCAAGAACCCUAACGAGCCUGACCCGCAAGGAAUCUGUCCACGGCCUCAUCUGUUUCCCGAGGGUAGAUAGACCCAUCAUUUGGAACCCUACCUUGAGAAAGUUGUCAACCUUGCCCAAACCCAAAACCACCUGGAAGGUAACAUGUUAAGUUGUAAUGAUGGGCGAUGCAUCAACGGUGUUAUAUAUUACAAAGGCAAACUUGACCAAUCCAAUGUUGAUGUUAUAAUGAGUUUUGAUGUCAGUACCGCGAACAAUAUGGUUAUCACACUUUGGGUUUUGGAGGAUAAUGCUAAGUGGUUGUGCAAACAUUUUACUGCACCACCUUUGAAAUCCUGCGGAAUCAAUGGUAUCACUGAUGAUGGUGACUUUGUUUAUGUACCAUACGGUGUCCAAAUAUCGUUUUAUAUUGGAUAUUAUGAUCCAGAGAGAAAGAGCUUUAGAAAAGUCGAUUUCAAAGGAGUCGCGGAUGCUGACUUUAGACUCCGUAAUGGACUUGGAAACGGACGUCUACAUCCGUUCCAUACUUGCCUCAACAACAUUGAGAAUCUCUUGUCUUUGUAA